AUGACUUUCUAUGAAAUAUCACCACAGGGCCUUGUUUUGGUCCCACGUGGAAGUGAUGAUAGUGUCGUUGUGGGUCCUCAUGUCAGAGGCAGCCGAUUACGAGCAUCAUCAGCUGCCGGUGAUGCGGAAGUGGACCUCCUCCUCCCCGGGACAGCAAGAUUCCAGAUUCAGCUUGGGGUGAAUAUGCCAGCAAGGGCUGAGUACAUACCAAAAGAAGGUCAAACACAGGUGUUCCACGAAGUAUAUGACGUUGUGUUAUACCUCGGGAUCAUUGAUAUAUUGCAAGAAUACAACAUGAGCAAGAAGUUAGAACAUGCUUACGAAUCGAUUCAGUUUGAUUCUGUUUCCAUUUCUGCAGUCGACCCAACGUACUACUCGGAGAGGUUCUUGGAGUUCAUUCGGAAGGUCUUCCCUACAUAUGCUGUAGCAACUUGAACAGUAUCCUUAGCUGUUAUCAUUGAAAUUCAUCGAAACUUAGCUGUUACCAUGGCAGAGAGACACAGCUGCUGUUUGUAAUUUAUUGAAGAGUGUAUAAUGCGGAUUAUGGAUUUGUAGUUGAUAGCAAUGCAUA